AUGCCAAUAGACACGGUGUUUGCUCCCGGGGAAGAGUAAUUCUGCAUCGGCGUCCAUCUAGUCCGUGAAGGUACGGCGGAGAAGAAGCACAAUGAGGUGAGUCGACCCUUCAUUCGCUCAUGUCCUGUUCCUAGACGGAAAUGAAAGCAUCCCUCGUGAUAACGUCUAUGCCUGCACUUCUGCACAUCGCAGUCUGGCAAUCCACGACUCUAACCUGCCACGGCCUCGGGAGUCAGAUGCCUAGAACGCAUGAAGCAUGUGCAGGCAUUGUUCCGGGCUGCCAACGCCCUGCGGGUCGUUUCCGGUAUUCCUGCGUAUCUUCCCAGCCCUCUGCAUUUGCGAGGCACCGGUCCCUCUCAUAACUUCGCCAUGACCGCUCACCUCGUGCGCCUUCCCCGCACACGCGCGCUCCAAGAGUGAUUCUGCCAGGGAAGCUGCCUGGCCGUACGGCAACUUGGUCACCGGGCCAAUAGAAGGCUGGUACACGAGCUUUCGGUACAGGCCGUGGUUCGUAUGUAGACGGGUCUCAAUUGCUAGCGCAGAGGUCGUGUGCGCUAUCACACUCUCCUCUGACAAGCUGCUGCUUGCUCUGGUUUCUCUACCCCAAGUCUGCCCGACUUCGUGGUGGUACAACUAUGUACUACGGAGAUGCACGGGCAUCAAUCAAAACUUUAACGAACACGUUGGCGUCUAACACCCGUUGAGUGAGACAUCCGUUCAGCUUUCUCCGACUCGGAUGAUAG